AACGACAAAAAUAAUUCUCGACAUUCCUGGGGGGAUUAAGGAUUAUUUUUUCAGAAGUAGUCAAGUAGGCAAAAAUGGCUGCGGACAAUCUGAGUGCUGUAUUGUACAAACAAGACGAUUUGCGUUUGGAACAACGCGAGAUUGUGAAACCUGGCAAGGGAGAGGUUCAAGUUGCUGUGCACUCAGUUGGAAUAUGUGGUUCAGAUGUGCACUACCUUCGCAAAGGAAGGAUUGGUGACUUCAUUGUAAAAGCUCCAAUGGUUCUUGGCCAUGAAACAAGUGGCACAAUAAGUGAAGUUGGGGAAGGUGUCACUUCUCUAAAAGUUGGUGAUCGUGUUGCAGUUGAGCCAGGAUAUCCCUGCAAGAUGUGUGAUUUUUGUAAAGCUGGUCGGUACAAUCUCUGCCCUGAAAUGACAUUUGCAGCGACGCCACCAUUCGAUGGUACCUUGUGCCGUUUCUACUGUCAUCCGGCUGAUUUCUGUUACAAGUUACCAGAUUCUGUGAGUUUUGAAGAAGGAGCAUUACUGGAGCCAUUGUCUGUUGCUGUCCACGCGUGUCGCAGGGCUGGUAUAACAAUGGGAGAUACUGUUCUGGUUUGUGGAGCAGGUCCUAUUGGAUUGGUGAAUCUUCUUGUCUCAAAGGCCUGCGGAGCAAGUCGUGUUGCUAUAACAGACUUGGAUGAGAAACGUCUUGAAAUGGCGAAAAAUCUUGGUGCAGAUCUCACAAUUCAAGUGGAAAAAGGAAAAACUGCGGAAGAGAUCGCGUGUCACAUCAAACAGCUGUUGAACGAAGCUCCAAACAAAAUCAUUGAAUGCACUGGAGUUGAGUCCAGUAUUAAUGCUGGUAUAUUUGCAGCCAAGUCAGGUGGUAUAGUGGUUAUAGUUGGAAUGGGAAAGCCAGAAGUCAAAAUGCCUGUUUUUAAUUUCCUCGCGAGAGAAGUUGAUAUUCGAGGAAUAUUCCGCUAUGUUAACUGCUACCCAAUAGCACUCUCUCUUGUUGCUUCCGGAGCGGUGAAUGUCAAACCAUUGGUGACGCAUAGAUUUAAACUGGAGGAAAGUAUAAAAGCUUUUGAAACGACGGAGAAAGGAGAGGGUAUCAAAGUUGUCAUCCAGUGCAGCAAGGAAUGAGUUGAUUUAGGAAUGUUUGCUUGAUUUCAUACUGCGAGGAAAUGAUUUAAAAUUGAUUUCAACUUGUACCAGUGGAUCUUCGGCGGAAAUUACAGCAGGACUAUGUAAUUAUCCAUUACAUUCAGUUCAAGAAAUUACUCAUGGAAUAAGUGAAUUAACAAUAAUCCUUGUCUUGCAAUAUCCCUCCCGCAUAGAACCAGAACCAUUUUGUAAUAAUUCUAUAAGAUCGCUACAAUGAAACAACACAGUUCCAAACCUUUUUAAAACUCCGUGCACAAAAUUAACUUCCCAAAUUCCUCCUGCGGGAUUGUCACAUCCUUGCAUUUAACCAAUCAGAUUGCGUGUCUCAUUGUAGUUAUUAUCUAAUUCACUUUAACUUUUUUCACAAAUCCAUGUCACUACAAUGUGGAUACCACAUAGAUUAAUAUAUUUCAUAAUA